AUGAGUGUGUUGUGCGUUUGUGACCAGCCUGACUGCCCCGAGACUGGUUUUUGUACGACCGAAGGCACUUGCGUUACGUAUUAUACAGAUGGAGGCUCGGAGAGAAGAUGUCUAGAUCAUGACAAUUUGCUUCACCGCGGCGUUUGCGCGUUUAACUCGAUAAAAGGUUCUUCAACCCAUGUUGACUGCUGUAAAGAAGACUUGUGCAACAAUGUAAAAAAUGCCGUUUCCGAAUCUAACGUUUCUAUUUACUCCGACCAAGCAAACGUUCUCAAACUCGUUAUAAGUAUCUGCGGCGGUUUUAUAAUCGUUAUUCUCUCCGUAGUUGCUAUCAAACGUAACUGUCUCGGUCGAGUGAAAAAUCUUCUGAAAAAGCAUCACAGUAGUGCAGAAGAGCGAGUCCCGUUGGAAUCAACUGUGGAUCAUGCGAACACGACGACCUCGGCGAUUGAUGAGACUUCUGGUAGUGGACAAGGUGACCCAGAAGUGCUCCUACGAACAAUUACAAAGGACCUUGGCAAGACAUGCUUCACAGGACAGCCCAUCGGAAAGGGACGGUACGGAGAGGUGUGGAAAGCGAGCUUUAAAGGACGAACGGUCGCGAUCAAAUGUGUGAAGUCUACAGAAGGAGAGUCCUUUUAUCGAGAAACGAACAUUUAUGCGACGAGUAUGCUUCGCCAUUUGAAUAUUUUGGAUUUCAUCGGAGCGGAUAUGCGUUCUUGCGACCAUGGAUACACAGAACUGCUUCUGAUUACUGCUUAUCAUCAGCUUGGAAGCCUCUAUGACUUUCUUCGAGUCGAAAAGAUCGACAAACUCAUCGCCGUCCGUUUACUCAACUCCGCUCUCUCUGGCCUCGUCCACUUGCACUGCGGUAUUGAUGGCCACUCGCCCUUUGGAGAUCAGAAUCAAGGCAAAUACAAAGUUGCCAUCGCUCACAGAGAUAUCAAGUCGCGAAAUAUUCUCGUGAAAAAUGAUCUAACAUGUUGCGUCGCUGAUUUUGGAAUGGCAGUUAAGCGUAAUCCAGAUGGAAAAGCCGAUUUUGGCAAUAGCUUUCCCAAGAUUAAAAUUGGAACUCGCCGCUACAUGGCACCAGAAAUACUGGCUGAAACAAUCAAUUUAAAGGAUUUCACUGCCUUUCAAAGGGCCGAUGUCUAUGCUCUUGGCCUACUCAUUUGGGAGAUUACUCGAUGCAUUCCUGUUGGAGACGAUGAGGGCCUAUUUUACGAGCCAGCGUUUUUCGACGUGGUCUCUGCAGAUCCGCAAUUUCAAGAAAUGGAAAACAUAAUCUGCGACAGAAAAAUGCGGCCAACUCAUAAUCCCAAAUGGAACUUAGAUUCAGCAACUCGAAUCCUAGCCAAAUUGCAGGUUGACUGCUGGUGCGACGAUCCCUCCUCGCGGCUCCCAAUGGUCAGAAUAAAGAAGACUGUCGCGAAGCUUGAAUCUGACUUGAUAGAGGAUAUGAAAGCGGCUGGCACCGAUAUUUGCGAGUUUAUAGCUUCCAAGAGCUCUUUAUUCCUCAAAAAUCAAAAAGAGCGAGAAGAACAGACCCUUCGCGAAGAACAGUUGGCGGAAGAGCAGCGAAAAUACGAAGAGCAACUCAAGCGCAACGUGAACAACAUGACCUACUCGUACAUUCCUCAGGACUAUUCUCAGUAUCGUUCCACCUUCCCUCAACCUGCCUAUCCUCUGAACUGGACUUCUUCAACUUCCACUCCACUGCAACAUUACCCGAUGCCUUUCCAUCCCUCCACCAACUUUUUCACGUCAACGCCGAACGACGAUCAACAAAACAGGACCCCUCUCUUCCCCAAACAAGCGCACCCUUACUGA